UGCUUGCUUUAUCUCUCUGGCGUGGUGAGUGAAAUCUGCUUCUGUCUUGCACAGCUAGCUGAGGAUCUGAUAAGAAAGCACCACGGAGUUGUUGGUUACCACAGAGGCAGCAUGCGGAGGAUGCUUUGGGGGAUUUUGUAAGUUUUUUAAAGGUUAGUUUUCAGAUAAGACUACUUUCUUAUUUUGAAAAUGCUGCCCAGGCUUCUUUCACUUGUAGGUAAGUUUCUUGCUCUGGACUGGAAAUACAGGCGAUAAAAAGAGUUGCUUCACUUGUCUUGAAGUGCGUUUGGACUUCACAAUGAAUAAUCAAACCACAGGGAGGACCAUGGUCCCCACCAUUCCGUCCAUUAUGUUCAUUUUCGGGGUGGUUGGAAACCUCAUCGCCAUCGUGGUCCUUUGUAAAUCUCGGAAAGAACAGAAAGAAACUACGUUUUACACGCUGGUGUGUGGCCUGGCGAUCACGGACCUGCUUGGCACGCUGCUGGCCAGUCCGGUCACCAUCGCCAUUUAUGUGAAAGGCGCGUGGCCCGGAGAGGACCCGCUGUGCCAGUACUUUGGAUUCACCAUGCUUUUCUUCUCGCUGGCAGGGCUCAGCAUCAUAUGUGCCAUGUCGGUAGAGAGAUACAUUGCUAUAAACCAUGCCUAUUUCUACAACGACUACGUGGACCAAAAACUGGCGGGACUGACUCUAGUAGCGAUCUACAUCUCAAAUGCUUUUUUCUGCGCCCUGCCAAUUAUGGGCUUUGGGCAGGUGAAGAAACAGUACCCACAAACGUGGUGUUUUUUAGAGUGGAGGAGCAACAAGACCAGCGAUGCCGCCUACUCCUACAUGUAUGCUGGUUUCAGCUCUCUUCUUAUUCUCUCCACUGUCAUCUGUAAUGUGUUGGUGUGUGUGGCUUUGAUCCGGAUGCAUCGACGCUUUGUGCGUAGGAUGUCGCUUGGCACCGAUGUGGGACGCAGCGUGGACCCGCGAAGAAGAGCACGCAGCUUUGGUCGUCUGGCCGGUGCAGAGAUUCAGAUGGUUAUUCUACUCAUAGGCACAUCGGUAGUAGUCCUCAUCUGCUCUAUACCACUUGUUGCUCAGGUGUUUUUAAACCAGCUUUAUAAGACUCCAGUGGAGGUGCGGCUGGACAAAAACCCUGAUCUACGGGCAAUACGUUUUGCCUCUUUUAACCCCAUCUUUGACCCCUGGAUCUACAUCCUGCUCCGCAAGGCUGUUCUCAUCAAGCUCAUUGAGAAAAUCAAGUGCCUGUUCUGUAAAAUGGGAGCAAGGAGGCAACAGAGACAGGGAAACUUCCCCUGUAUUGAUGCCUAUCAGCUCUCCUCUGUGAUCUAUAACAGGGACUCUAACUCCUUGGUGUCUAGUGACCAACGAGAUAGCAACAGCACCUGUCAAACCUUCCUCUACUAUAAAGAUAAAACUGAGAUGUGCACUGAAAAAUGUCCUAAGUCAAACAAACUCUCUGCUUCACAACCACCUUCAGCAAGAAAUUCACAAGCUUCUUACUCAUCCCAAGAGGGCAGCGCUGAGGAUCAGACCAGAGACGAGACAAAUGCAAUCACAGAUCAUCCAUCAUCUCCAUGCCCUAAAGAUCCAGCACUUCAGGUCACGCUGAACACCGAGACAGUAAAGGAGAAAUGCAUCUGACCCAACCAGAGAAAUACCGUUUUAUUUCUCUACAACAGACCUUUUGAAGAACUCAAAAAUGGAAGUAGCACAUAAAUAAUAAGUAACUCUUCUAUCUAGUAGAGCCCAUGCAGUGGGAAAGAGAUAAGUGCUGUGAGUGAUAUCGUCCCGUUGUUUGUUUCAGCACCCAGCAAUCUCUGUGAUGACUGACUGUGUGAGCAGAUUUUGCCAUUUUGCCUAAGAAAGAUGUUAUGGUAAAUGGUCUGUAUUUGUAUAGCGCUUUACUUGGUCCUAACACAA